CCCCCUCCCUCCCUUCCCUCCUCUCCCUCCCUCCCUUACCUUCCCUUCCCUCCUCUCCCUCCCUCCCUUACCUUCCCUUCCCUCCUCUCCUCUCCUCUCCCUCCCUCCCUUCCCUUCCCUCCUCUCCCUCAGAGUACAUGGAUGUAAGUAUGUCACUUCCACUGCCUCUGUCUAUGAGGCUUAUAGCACCUCAUGGAAGGACCAUAUUUACAGUGGGACUCGCGCAACCAUGUGUUUCUGCCUGGAGUUGACAGAAUAUUCUCAUUUAACGAACAGCACUCCAAACCAACCAACGUCGCAACAGAGGCUUGUUUUAUAGGCUAUGCAUUUGGUUUUGCUCCACUAUGUAUGUAGUGUUGAAACUGUAUACUUUUGUUAUCAUUUUUCACUGUGCCUUUUCUUUUUUUCAAUUCCGGAUUGUUAUGAAGGAUCUUUAUGAGAGUUAAGGGAAACAGUCUGUUUCCGGAUGCUGUGCCUGUCCUCGCCAAAGAGCAACCGAACUAUAGCAUAUCAGUUACAAUAUUCUAACCAUCAAAGGGUACUUCUCCAUACAGUUCCUGUGGAGUUCACGGCAUGUCUUGAACUGUGUUUUUACACGGUAGAGACAAAAUGGACGCUUGUGUGUUACAGUAUGCGUUGAUUGAACUUUAGGUGAAAAUUGAAUGUUUUCUUUAUGCCUUGAAAGAAAAAAAGAACGUCACUCAUGACAGUUGUUAGUUUAAUUUUGUAUGAUUUGAGUUGUUGGGAAGGACUAUUUGUUUUUAUUUUCUAAAGUUAUCUAUUUGACUAUUUUUGUUCUAUACAGUUACAGUAUUAUCUUCUGCUUCUGUACUACAGCUCUGGGACGUCUCCGCUACUUGAUAUUAACAUCAAGCUUGUCUCAGAACCACGUGCAGAGUGACAAUCUAAUAAUUGACCUAUGAAAGUAAAUCAUUCAAAUGUAUUAAAAUGUUACAUACAUGAUCCUGAAGUUAUGAUAUGAAUGAGCUUUGCUCAUAGAAUUUGCAAGUGUUUAAUGUAUGCAAGGAGGAUAUGAAUAUGGAUCAAAAUAUGCUGGCUGUAUGCUGAUGUGUGAGUGCUAUGUUUGGCCUCAGUGUUUUCUCUGUUCUGUAAAGACGAUAAUAUGCAUUUCUAAAUAGAGAAUGGGGGGAAUGGCAGAAGCACGUGUGUUUGAUCAAAGACAGUCGGCUGCACUAGGACGUAGUCUCUUUCCACAGAGGCGGUGUCUCAGAUACAACUUGCAUUGGAGACCACCUAGGACCAAACAGACAGAUACAACUUGCAUUGGAGACUACCUAGGACCAAACAGCCAGAAACAACUUGCAUUGGAGACUACCUAGGACCAAACAGCCAGAAACAACUUGCAUUGGAGACUACCUAGGACCAAACAGACAGAUACAACUUGCAUUGGAGACUACCUAGGACCAAACAGACAGAAACAACUUGCAUUGGAGACUACCUAGGACCAAACAGACAGAUACAACUUGCAUUGGAGACUACCUAGGACCAAACAGACAGAUACAACUUGCAUUGGAGACUACCUAGGACCAAACAGACAGAUACAACUUGCAUUGGAGACUACCUAGGACCAAACAGACAGAUACAACUUGCAUUGGAGAAAAAAAAGAGGACCAUUAAAGUUGUGUGUUAGUUCCUCCUCAGGUGACAGACAUAAUGAAUGACGUUCCUCAUGGGGACAUUUUUCUUUCAGUCUUCUUUCAGAAUGUAUUCUGUCUCUUGUUCCCUAGUUAUCUCUGUUAACCCAGAAGUCAAAUAUAGCGUAGUUGGGUCAGCUACAGGCAGAAACUGCCCACGGGAGAUUAGUUCCCUAUGACAUUUACAAUGGUACUGCAGAGUGCUUUAUGCACUUUGGCUUCAAGGGAACUUAUAUAGGAUUAUUCUUUUUGAUGCAUUUUCAACUGCUUUUGUUUCUGCCUUUUUGAGUGUAUUUUCUUCCUGAUGCUUUUCAAUGUAAAACAAAGCAAACUAUUUCCAAAUGGAUUUUCUAAAUAAAGCAAAUGAAGUUGAGACUUCUUGUGUUCUCGUACAAUAUAAAAGGAAGUUAGUUGCUUCACUAACACUCUCAAACUUUACUAUUUUAGAAUCUAAUCCAUUUUUUUAGGAGGAUAUGCAGCGAGUGGAGUAUUCUAGGUUUGUAUCUAUUUUAAAGGUGUCUAGUCUUAGCUAAUUCGUUGAUUUAUUGACCUAAAUGUAUUGAUUUAUUGACAGGUCUUAACUCACAUUAUACAGACCUCUUGAGAGACCCUUACCAACGUCAGAGUGCGGUCGCUUUCACACCCAAUCAAAGCCGAGUAUAGCUCCUCGAAACAACACACGACAAUUGGAUGCCUGGCUUUUCACUCAUAAUUUAGGGCGUUGAUGAACAAUUGCACGAAAGGCCACAAAUGAUAAUUGUUAGUGCUAUCAGGGAUCAUUGGGACAUAACCUUUACUCUCACCAUUUUACAUGUCAACUUCAAUUGGGGCAACGUCAAUUUCGUGACGUGCCAAGGAUCCCGAAUAGCUUUACGCCAAAUGAUAAUAGCAUGCGUUUGUACUACCGUUAGCUAGCUGUCAACAGCAGUAGAUAGGAAGAGUUAGACUACCGUUUAUAUAGCUACAUUUUUAUAAAUAAAAAAAAUGACAAUCGCGUGUUAAAUAUGCAAUAUCUCGUUACCAGAUGUGCAAGGUAUGACGCUUUUAUAUCGUUGUAUUUUCGCAAUAUGUUUUUAGCAAGCGAGCUAACUGACGUUAAUGUAACUGUUACUAUCAACGAAUAGCAUGCUAACUUUAGCUAGCUACAGUACCUAGCGCCAAAACCAAUAAUUGGCAUCGUUUAAGACAUCACGAGUUACACGUAUAAAAGGUUAACUCUGUCAAUCCUCACAUGCUGAAAUCCUCCAUGACUAGUUUUGAAAGCAGUUUCAAUGCACAGUUGGGAAUAGGCUAUAAUGCAAUAUCUGUGGUAUGCAUGUCAUCAGCUUUGUUUUGGUUCUUUUUGACAACAGAUUCUCCCUCUCCUGUAUAGGGUAUUGGUAGGGCCAGGAGUUUUUCCUAGACUUGUCACUUGGUCAGGAAACGCUAUUGGUCCUUGGUAUUACAUAUGUUUUUCUGACAACCAAAAAAGUGUAUGACUUAUCCUACUACAACUCACCGAUUAUUAUUGUUUCAACAAGGGCAUUGCGGAUGUAUUAUCCUGAACUGGUGGUGCCCAGCGUGACUGUUCUGUACUCUGAUAUCGAAAAUAUUCCCAUCGGUGAAGUAAUUUAGUGCUCCUACAACCACAAAACAACCAUGGAUACCUACGUAGCCAUCCAUGGCAAGAACAUAUCCCACAAUCCCCUCUCCUCCACCCAAGCCAUGUCUAUCGACAAGCUCUUCCCGGCUCUCCUGGAGUGUUUUGGGAUCAUCCUGUGUGGAUACAUCGCCGGGAGGACAGACAUAAUCACCUCCUGUCAAGCUAAAGGAUUAGGGAACUUUGUGUCUAAAUUCGCCCUCCCGGCGCUGCUCUUCAAGAACAUGGUUCUGUUGGACUUUAAUAACGUGAUCUGGUCGUUCCUGUGGAGUAUCCUGAUAGCCAAGGUGUCGGUGUUCGUCCUGGUGUGUGUUCUGACGCUAGCCGUGGCCAGUCCGGAGAGCAGGUACAGCAAGGCAGGACUCUACUCCAUCUUCGCUACGCAGAGCAACGACUUCGCCCUGGGGUAUCCCAUUGUGGACGCCCUGUACAGGAACACAUAUCCAGAGUACCUGCAGUACAUCUACCUGGUGGCUCCUGUCUCCCUGAUGUUCCUCAAUCCCAUAGGAUUUGCCUUCUGUGAGGUCCAGAAGUGGAAGGACCACCCAGAGAGACAGCAGGGCAAGUUGCAGAUCGUCAGAGUGGUGCUGCUGCAGGUACUGAAGAACCCGAUAGUGUUCAUGGUGGUGGUCGGGAUCGUGUCCCACUUUGCCCUGGGCCAGAGGAUCCCUGCUGUGAUGGAGGAGUUUGUGGAUGGCCUGGCCAACUCCUUCGGAGGAGCAGCGCUCUUCUACCUGGGACUAUCUAUGGUGGGACAGGUGGGCAAACUCACCAGGUCUACUGGAGUAGCCCUUAUCCUGCUCAUCACUGCCAAACUGCUGGUGAUGCCUCUCAUCUGUAAGGACAUGGUCGACCUGCUGGACUCUACAGGUUCCAACAGCAGCAGUCUGAACCACUCCAGCCUGUCCAACUAUGCCUUUCUCUACGGGGUGUUCCCCCCUGCUCCCAGCGUAGCCAUCUACGCAUCACAGUACAACAUGGAGCUGGACGUGGUGACGUCAGGGAUGGUGAUCAGCACGUUCCUGUCUGCCCCCAUCAUGUACGUGUCAGCCUGGCUCCUGACCAUCCCCCUGAUGAACCCCAAGCCACUGGUCACUGAGCUGCAGAAUGUCAGCUUCAACAUCAGCAUCGUCAGCCUGGUCGCACUGGUGUGGACCAUCGCUGUCAUUCUCCUCAGUAAGAAGUUCAAGAGGCUCCCACACAUGUUUUCUAUGAACCUCUUCCUGGCACAGUUCCUAGUGUGUGUCGGUAUGAUCCUGUGGAACUUCGUAGUGAAGCAGGAGGACAUCUUGGGACAGGUGUUGACAUUCACACUGCUCUAUGGGUCACUCUACAGCACAUAUGUCUGGACUGGUCUCAUUCCUCUCUGUUUGGUUCUGACCAAGAAGGACAAUUUGCUGAGGAUUCCACCUUGGGUCUUCAUGGUCUUUGGCUGGUGUGUCAUACCGUUCCUCAUCCUUGGAGGUCUGCUCCUGGCAGGAGAGAAGAUGCCUGAUACUAUAGACUCUGCCUUCCUCUAUGGCAGGGCUCAGAUCAUCAGUACUGCAGUAGUAGUCUCCUGCAGCAUCUUGGUAGGUGGUUUCUCUCUGAUGGGUCUCAGCCAGGGCACCAAGGAGAACCAGAACUACCAAGCCCUGGAGAGAGCCUCCAACACGGGUACUAUAGAGGACCUGAGGCCCCCUGGACACCAGGAGGACCAGAACUACCAAGCCCUGGAGAGAGCCUCCAACACGGGUACUAUAGAGGACCUGAGGCCCCCUGGACACCAGGAGGACCAGAACUACCAAGCCCUGGAGAGAGCCUCCAACACAGGUACUAUAGAGGACCUGAGGCCCCCUGGACACCAGGAGGACCAGACCCCCCCACUGGAGCCCUCAGCACCAGAGACCAGCAACAACAGUGACUGUUGUAGCUGUACACAGCCCGUGCCCGACAUGAUCAACGGUGCCACCAGGAACGACACUCCCACGUCUCUAACAGGCCAGUGUGGGGCGCUGUGUGAAACCCAGCAGCAGCAGUGUAGUCCACCGGUCCAGGAUGACAGACAGCUGGUCAGACACGUCCUGUUGUGUCUACUCCUCAUAGUUUCCCUGCUGGCUAACCUGUCCAGUUGUCUAUGGUGGUUGUUCAACCAGGACCCUGGUAGACUGUACCUGGAGCUGCAGUUCUUCUGUGCUGUGGCCAACUAUGGACAGGGCUUCAUUUCGUUUGGUAUCUUUGGCCUGGACAGGCACCUGAUCAUUCUGCCAUUCAAGAAGAGGUUAGUGAGCCUAUGGCAGGGCAGGGAGAGUGAGGAGGAGCCCCCCUCUGUGGUUCCAGAGGAGAUCAGGCUGACCUGCACUCAGUUUGUCCGCUAUCAUAAAGACCAGUGUGUUCAGGACAUAGUGCCCAUCAGAAGGUGUGAGGGAGAGAGGGUUCAGGAGAGGAAGCGCUCCAGGGAGAGACCUGGUCAGGGGACUUAUCCUCCAUCCCAGGCCCAGACUCAGGCCACUUUCCUGGGCAGUGAUCUGGUGGACUGGCUGGUGAGGGCGGGUCUGACCCGGGACAGGGGGGAAGCCCAGCUCUAUGGGGCUCAGCUCCAGCAAGGAGGGAUACUGCAACACCUCACACACCAGUUUGGCUUCAGGGACGACGCCCUUCUACACUACCGCUUCACUGAGAGGAGCUGGACGCCACCGAUGGAGAGGAACAGCAGUAUGCCUCCUGUGGCCAUGUAAUGUUCCAAGAGAGGGAGGAGGAGGGGGGGGAUUACUAUUCAGCAGUAUGCCUCCUGUGGCCAUGUAAUGUUCCCAGAGAGGAGGAGGGGGAUGACUAUUCAGCAGUAUGCCUCCUGUGGCCAUGUAAUGUUCCCAGAGAGGGAGGGGGGGGGGAUGACUAUUCAGCAGUAUGCCUCCUGUGGCCAUGUAAUGUUCCCAGAGAGGGAGGAGGAGGGGGGGAGGAAUGACUAUUCAGCAGUAUGCCUCCUGUGGCCAUGUAAUGUUCCCAGAGAGGGAGGAGGGAGGAGGAGGGGGAUUACUAUUCAGCAGUAUGCCUCCUGUGGCCAUGUAAUGUUCCCAGAGAGGGAGGGGGGGGGGAUUACUAUUCAGCAGUAUGCCUCCUGUGGCCAUGUAAUGUUCCCAGAGAGGGAGGGAGGGAGGAGGGGGGGGGGAUUACUAUUCAGCAGUGUUAUUGUCAAGUCACUAAACCUUGACUCGUAAGUCCUAAACCUUGAUUUUUAAGUCUUAAACCUUGACUCCUAAAUCAUGGAUUAGAAUAUUACAACACUGCUAUUCAGUGAGAUGAAACAUUCAGAUGGAAAUAUAAUGAGAUAGAGCUGACACCAUUUAGCAUUCCCAUUUCCACAUAUCAGACAAUCAUAUCUGUUCUGUGUCAUACAUUUCUAUCUGAACAUUUUUGUAACGUUUGCACCCUCCUGAAUGAACCCAAUAAGAAAGAAAGAUGGUGGGCUUCAUCCAGGCUCUGGUCAAGAGUAGUGCACUAUGAAGGGAAUAGGGCUCUGGUCAAGAGUAGUGCACUAUGAAGGGAUUAGGGCUCUGGUCAAGAGUAGUGCACUAUGAAGGGAAUAGGGCUCUGGUCAAUGAAGGGAAUAGGGCUCUGGUCAAGAGUAGUGCACUAUGAAGGGAUUAGGGCUCUGGUCAAGAGUAGUGCACUAUGAAGGGAAUAGGGCUCUGGUCAAGAGUAGUGCACUAUGAAGGGAAUAGGGCUCUGGUCAAUGAAGGGAAUAGGGCUCUGGUCAAGAGUAGUGCACUAUGAAGGGAAUAGGGCUCUGGUCAAGAGUAGUGCACUAUGAAGGGAAUAGGGCUCUGGUCAAGAGUAGUGCACUAUGAAGGGAAUAGGGCUCUGGUCAAGAGUAGUGCACUAUGAAGGGAUUAGGGCUCUGGUCAAUGAAGGGAACAGGGCUCUGGUCAAGAGUAGUGCACUAUGAAGGGAAUAGGGUUCUGGUCAAUGAAGGGAAUAGGGCUCUGGUCAAGAGUAGUGCACUAUGAAGGGAAUAGGGCUCUGGUCAAGAGUAGUGCACUAUGAAGGGAAUAGGGCUCUGGUCAAGAGUAGUGCACUAUGAAGGGAAUAGGGUGCCAUUUAAGUGGCCGGUGUGUGCAUCCUGAGUCAGCUACUAUCCCAGCUGAACCAAUCAAAUCCACAACCUCAACCAGCUCCAGUAUCACAGAGAGACUUUGCAUGACAUAGAGAAGUCUGCAGUGACUGAGAUGUUGCACUGAGACUAUUCAACUAUUUCAUAUGCAACUGAACUGCCGUGUUGUUUUGUAAGUCUCCUGUAAUACUGUUGUAAUGGACUUGAAAGACUCCUGUAAUACUGUUGUAAUGGACUUGAAAGACUCCUGUAAUACUGUUGUAAUGGACUUGAAAGACUACUGUAAUACUGUUGUAAUGGACUUGAAAGACUACUGUAAUACUGUUGUAAUGGACUUGAAAGACUACUGUAAUACUGUUGUAAUGGACUUGAAAGACUACUGUAAUACUGUUGUAAUGGACUUGAAAGACUCCUGUAAUACUGUUGUAAUGGACUUGAAAGACUCCUGUAAUACUGUUGUAAUGGACUUGAAAGACUACUGUAAUACUGUUGUAAUGGACUUGAAAGACUCCUGUAAUACUGUUGUAAUGGACUUGAAAGACUCCUGUAAUACUGUUGUAAUGGACUUGAAAGACUCCUGUAAUACUGUUGUAAUGGACUUGAAAGACUACUGUAAUACUGUUGUAAUGGACUUGAAGGACUACUGUAAUACUGUUGUAAUGGACUUGAAAGACUCCUGUAAUACUGUUGUAAUGGACUUGAAAGACUCCUGUAAUACUGUUGUAAUGGACUUGAAGGACUACUGUAAUACUGUUGUAAUGGACUUGAAAGACUACUGUAUUACUGUUGUAAUGGACUUGAAGGACUACUGUAAUACUGUUGUAAUGGACUUGAAAGACUCCUGUAAUACUGUUGUAAUGGACUUGAAGGACUACUGUAAUACUGUUGUAAUGGACUUGAAGGACUACUGUAAUACUGUUGUAAUGGA